AUGAAAACGUGUGCGGAACAAUUUCCUGUUGAAAUAUGGCUUAUGAUUUAUCGUUAUUUGGAAGCACAUGAUCUAUUUUAUGCUUUUCAUCAUUUAAAUUAUUAUUUUGAGCAAAUACUUGCAUCAAAUUAUCUUUCAUUUUAUAUUCGAUUUAAAGAAAUUGAUACUAAUCCUUAUUGGUCUGAUUCAGUACUUAAUCGUACAAUAUGUCUUCGAACAUCUACUCAAUUACGAUCGUCUUAUUUUCUUCAAUUUCUUCAUUUGAAUGCGAAGAAAUUAAUUCGAUUACAAAGUUUAUCGAUUAACAUCAAUUCACGAAAUGUAUCAUAUACAUUAUCGAUUUGUAAAGCUGUAAAUGAACUUUCUGCACUUAGACAUUUAUCUUUAGUAUGUACAUUAAAUGAAAAUUUAUUCAAAUCAAUUAUUAGUAUACAAACUUUACAAAUAUGUCAAUUAGUUUUAAGAGAAUCAACAGAUAUUAUUAAUAAUCAAGUACAUGUAAAUAGUAAUAUUAAACAGCUUACUAUUAUCUUCCUUAGUAAUGUAAAUGAUGCUAUUAUAAAUUUAUUUUUAAUUCAUUUAUCAGAAUUAAAACGAUUUGAAGUCUCUGGUUCAUAUUUUAGUUUUCAACAAGCAUCGAUAUUUACUACGCAUUUAUGUACUCUUUCAAAACUUCGAAUUCUUAAACUUAAAUUAGCAAAUGGUCAUUUAACAUCAGAUUGUUUGAAAUAUUUACAUUUAAUAGCACCUGUUUUAAAACAUUUCUAUUUCCAUUAUAAUAAACAUAUCUUAUCCGAGACAUUUAUUGAUGAUUUUAUGUUUUAUUGGUGGCCAGUUAUAGAACAAAUUUCAUAUAUUAAUAUAUACAUUAAAGGUCAUUUAUAUGUUGAUAUUAAUGAUAAUAAUACACAGAUGAAUUUACAAAAAAAUCAACAAAUUCUACUUAAUAAAAUGAAAAAAUCUAAUGGAUCUAUGAAAGUUGAAUGGACUGAACAGAAUUUUAUACCACUCAAAUCGAUUGAAAUUAAUAUUACGAAAUCUUAA